AAAAGUAAGGGGCUAUAAUGCUGCUCUGCAGAUUUAUUAUUUCUUCUUCUUUCUCCUCUCAUUGCAACGGCUCUAACCAGUAAAAUGCAGCACCGGCAAGAGAUCGAUCGCCACCGCAGCGUGGUGGUGGAGCUACCACUCGAAGACGGAAACGGAUACUGCGCCUCAUUCGAUUUGGAAAAAGCAGUAUGUAGCCACGGCUUAUUCAUGAUGGCCCCAAACCGAUGGGACACUCUCUCCAAAACCCUAGAACGCCCACUACGCCUCUCCGAAAACAUUAACGAUGAUGAUCACGAACAAUCGGUUCUCGUCCAAAUUACUCAACCGUCGGAUUAUCCUCAUUCCCUCCUUCUACGUGUUCUCGAUACUGAUUCCCUUUCUACUAUACACCAACGCUCUCUGCUGGGUCAAGUGAGGCGAAUGGUGAGAUUAUCAGUGGAAGAGAAUAAAAGAGUGAAAUUGUUUCAGGAGAUCUGUGGAGAAGCAAAGGAGAGAGGAUUUGGGAGAGUGUUUAGAUCGCCGACAUUGUUUGAGGACAUGGUGAAGUGUAUGCUGCUCUGCAAUUGCCAGUGGUCAAGGACGUUGAGCAUGGCUGAAGCAUUAUGUGAGCUUCAGUUGGAGCUGAACUGUCCCUCGUCAGCUGCAUCUUUUCCUGAUCCUGAUAAUCAAAAUCAGUUGAAGGGCGUAACUUCCAAGUCAGAGCAUUUCACUCCAAGAACACCAGCAGGAAAAGAAUUACGGAAAAGAGCUGGAGCUUAUGGAUGUUCCAGAAACUUGUUGGAGAGGCUUAACGAAGUCGAAGAAAUUGUAGAUAUAGAUAAACCGGGUGUAACUGUGACACCUGCAUUUUCAGUUGGUGAAGAGGUUCUCCAAAAAAGUAAUCUUUGUCAGGAUACUACUGAGGUUUGGGAAGUUAGUGUAAGUGCACCACUCAAUCCUGAUCCUUCAGAAGAUAGAAAGCUGAGCUCUUUUAAUCAGCUUGGGAAUUUCCCUAGCCCUAAACAAUUAGCAAGCCUUGAUGAAAGUUUUCUAGCAAAGCGUUGCGGUCUUGGUUAUAGAGCGGGCCGCAUUAUAAAGCUUGCUAAGGGCAUAGUUGAAGGCAGUAUUCAGUUGAAUGAACUUGAAGAAGCUUGUAGCAACCCAAGCUUGUCCAAUUAUGAUAAAAUGGCUGAGCAGCUGAGAGAAAUAGAUGGAUUUGGCCCAUUUACAUGUGCUAAUGUACUGAUGUGCUUGGGUUAUUAUCAUGUGAUUCCCACUGAUUCCGAAACAAUUAGGCAUCUAAAACAGGUUCAUGCGAGAACUUCCACCAUACAGAAUGUUCAGAGAGAUGUUGAAAAUAUAUAUGGGAAGUAUGCACCGUUUCAGUUCUUAGCUUAUUGGUCGGAGGUGUGGCACUUUUAUGAGGAACGGUUUGGUAAGCUUAGCGAGAUGCCCCACUCGGAAUAUAAACUUAUUACUGCCGCAAAUAUGAGACCGAAAAGAAAUGGCAAAUGCAAGAAGUUGAAGAUAGCCUCAACAGAAAAGCUUGGCGUGUAACUUAGAAGGAUAAUGUUGAGGCCUAACUUAAAAUUAGGCAUGAACGAUCGAUUAACGGUCCAAUGCCUUCGAAUAUACGUAAAUUAGUGUAUUGGUUUAGUAUAUUUCGGCCAUACAUACUGGUAUGUUUCCUGAUGAUGAUUUAAAUUUGCAUUUUCUUUUGUUUGUUGAUGUAA